AAGUAAGGAUUACAUAGUCGAGUUGAGGGUCUUGCAUUUGUCAGUUUGUCAGCGUUCCCCUCUCCCCCUUCCUCUUCCUAUGGUUACCCUACAAGCUUAAUCUUUCCUCCUUCUUGUCAAUGUAACGGCCACUCGAUGGCCCUCCGGUUCUCUCCCUUAAGCUGGAGGUAGUGGCUCUACUGUAGAUAUUCAAUACUGUGUGUGGUUGGACUUGUCAGAGGAACCCUGCUAUCGCAUGUCGCAAACAGCAUGCCCCACGAUGGUUGGGCGGGCGAAGGCGCAAGAGAUGCCUUCAUUGGAGACUGAUACCAUUAUCGUCGGGAACGGGCCGUCGGCCAUGAUUCUGUCGUAUAUUCUUCAUGGCCAUCUUCCAUUUUAUUCCUCCAAUCCUCCUCAUCCUGACCCGCUUCUGCAUGCGAAGCUCCAGGAUUCCCCGGAGUUGCUCCAUGUGGACGUGCACGCUUUGACGGAUCAUUUCGCCGCCUCGAGACUGUCGUACUCCACGCAGGCUCUCCCCGUGAACGUGCUCCUGGACACGCUGGUGCGUCCCAGCGUGGAUGUAGAAGAGCUUGAGGCCAUUACGAAUGUCGAAUGGCGGUUCGUGCUCGAAAAGGCCGUUCCCCAUUUGGUGUUCGGGAAUGCUCAGCAUGCAGGGGGUCAGUGGACUGAUAAUCCCGUGCCUGCCAGCUGGGACAUCCAGACCCUCAGCUAUGCGUCAAUGCUGUCUCUCCCUGGCUAUUCGUUCGCUGAGCACCACCGGAAGAUCACGGGCAAGGAGCUUCCGGCAUAUACCCGACCCAGUCGGGAAGAAACAGCAAGCUACUUCCGCACGUACCCCGAGGCGGUUCAGAUCGAUGAUGUGUUCCGGUUCAAUGAGACCAUCUCCGGCAUCUCACGAACAGAUGAUGGGUUUUACAUUCGCUCUCACAACAUCCACUGCAAGCACUUGGUCCUGGCUAGUGGUAUAUUCACUCAAGUGCUGCAGCCCAGCCCAAUGCUGCAGCCUUUGACCUCGCUCCAGCCCACUCCGCAGACUCCGCUACUUGUGGUCGGCUCUGGUUUCUCUGCCGCGGAUAUCAUCAUCUCUGCGCCGGCGGAUCAGAAGAUCAUACAUGUGUUCAAAUGGGAUCCGGAGGGGCGGUCAUCACCGCUGCGUGGCUGCCACCAUCAAGCAUAUCCCGAAUACGCCGGAGUCUAUCGACUGAUGAAACGAGCUACGGUUGCAGCAGACCCGACGAAGAAACGAGUGAAGCCGCGGCGCACCACCUCGAUCCCUUUCUUGGAAACUCGCUCAUGGGAAGAUAUAUACGAAGGAUUGCCUAACUCGGAAGUUGUGGACGUCGAGAUGCAAGAGGAUCAAGCCCUCGUCACAUUCCGCCAGCCUGACGGGAGCACCGUCACCCGCGCCGUCCGCGGGAUGGUCUACGCUACUGGCCGACGAGGCACCCUCGAUUACCUCGACCGUCCGCUUCUCGAUGAAGUACUCGACCAAGAUGCGACCACGGAAACGAGCCCCGUCAUCUCCGCCCGGUCCUUGCGCAGCAAAGUGUAUGACGAUAUUGAGAUCGCGCCGGACGUGUUCAUCAUUGGCAGCCUCACAGGCGAUUCUCUCAUCCGGUUUGCAUACGGCAGCUGCGUCCAAGCCGCUGGGAAGUUGGUUGAUGCACGUACGGGCAAAGAGCGAGUCCGCAGUGGAUCGAACAAUAACUCUCGGCCCCAGUCAUCGUUGGGCGUCAUGCGUGGCAUAGAUGGACACGAUAUCUCGCCACCUAGCGAAUUUCGUGCUGUGGAUAACGACCGCAUGGCGUCGACUUGGCCACAGAGGGUUAUGCCGAAUGGGUUGUGGAGAUGGCUUUGGAGAUGGUUUGACGUGAGGUAGGAAUGAUGAAUGAUGCAUGAUAGAUGAUAGAUGUGAUUGAUGAUUG